AUGGAGUAUGAUCAUACAUCGGAUUUACAUCAGGAUUUUUUAAAUUUACUUGAAAAUUCCGAGGAUUAUAAUGUGAAGUUUGAGAUUGGAAAAGAACCAAACAUUAAGGAAUUUGAAGCACAUUCUAUUAUAUUAUCUGCUAGGUCAACUUAUUUUCAGAGAACAAUUUCAAAAUAUUGGAAUGAAGAAAAAGAGGUUCUCGUUUUCAAAAAGCCAAACAUUUCCCCUUUGAUAUUCGAAAUCCUUUUAAAGUAUAUUUAUACAGGAACACUUUCUGUGGAUGAUGAAGCUAGUUUUGCUGACGUUAUCGUUGCAGCGGACGAAUUUGAAUUACAGACCCUUGUACAACAACUUGAAAAGCAUUUAAUUCAAAAUGAAUCAGCAUGGCAACUACCAAAAGAUUUUAUCACAAUUUGUCAACACAAACAAUUUCCUAAUUUGGGUAAAUAUGCAUUAGACUUGGCGUUCAGAGGUCGAUUUAAGAGUAUUCUUCCAAGUGGAUUGGACGCUGAGGUUGUUCGAUAUUUCCUGAAUCUAAACGCUAAUCCUUCAUUCAACGUUUUAAAACCAAGGGUAUCAGAUUAUCCAUUUGAUUCCAAGAUCGUUAAUGCCAAGGACGCGGCUUUAAUAUCGAGUUGGAUCGAUGAUAAACAGGAGAACCCCUAUCAUUUUAAUGAUUUACCUUACGAGUUUAAGCUUAUUUACCGUGCAAGUAGUGAGGGUUUUAGCGUUAAUAAUUUUCAUAACAAUUGUGAUGAUAAGGGUCCAACGGUGGUUGUCAUUAAGGUUCGCAAUUCGAAAGAAAUAAUCGGUGGAUACAAUCCGUUAGGAUGGCGCAGCAUCAAAACAGAAAAUGUGAGAAGCUACCUAUUAUCUUAUAAUGAUGAGCUUUAUUCAAAUCAUAAAUGCGAGACAUCAAGUAGUUUUAUAUUUUCACUAACAAAUCGAGAAAAACCUAUAUUAAGCAAAGUUUCUUCCAAAGAUGGAGCGAUCAUGUGGAGUAAAAGGAAAGGACCGUGCUUUUCGAAAGACUUAUGCAUUUACGAUGGUUCUUCGUCGGAAUCUUCGUAUAACAAUCUUUUUGGUUCAUGUAAACAAUGUUCCUAUGAAAAGGAAAUUACCCAUAGAAAAAAUUUUCAAUUAGAAGAUUAUGAAGUCUUUCAAAUCAUUAAUAAGGGAUGUAAUGCUAACAAGAAUGUUGAAAAUUUAAAUUAUAGAAAUGUUAGAAAUUGUUUAUCAAAGAGUUUGGAUAACGAUGAUAUUAACCUCGUUGAUAUCAUUAUCGCAGCGGAUGACUUGGGAUUAUCAAGAGUUGGUCAACAACUUGAACCAUUUUUACUUCAAAACGAAACGGCUUGGAACCUUCCAAAAGAUUUUCUUGCAAUCUGCAAACACAAUCGAUUUCCCGAUUUGGUUAAAUAUGCCUUGGAUUCUAUGUGUAAAGAUCCACAAAUCAUUUUUGAAUCCAAAGAAUUUUUACGAAUGGAAGAUAUGAACACGGAUAAUGAAAGAAGUCCCCUAUUGUCUUUUGAUUAUUCUUUACAUAAAACAUCAAAUAGUUUUAUCUUUUCAUUGACUAAUAGAUCGAUUCCUAUAUUAAGUCGAGUUUCUUCUAAACGCGAAGCUAUCCUUUGCGAUACAAGCAGAGGUCCACGCUUUGGUUUGAAAGAUUUAUGCAUUAAUGAUGUUCUUUCACGGGAAGGAAUUUCUCAUGGCAUUAUCGUUGGUACAAGUAAACUACAUUCUUAUGAAAAAAAAAUUAUUCAUGACGAAACCUUUGAGAUAGAGGAGUAUGAAGUAUUUCAAAUUAUUGAUACGGUUUCUGAAUUAAUGCAUGACGAGAAUAGUCAUCUAUUAUCACCUAGUUAUUCUUUAUACAAAACAUCAAAUAGUUUUAUAUUUUCAUUAACUAAUAGAGCGAUUCCUAUAUUGAGCCGAGUUUCUUCUGAAAAUGAAGCUAUCCUUUGCAGUAAUAGCAAAGGACCAUGCUUUGGUUUGAAAGAUUUAUGUGUUACCCAUUCUCUUAGUAAUAUUGUCGGUAUAAGUAGGCAAUAUUCUUAUGAAAAGAAAAUUAUUAAUAACGAAACUUUUGAAAUAGAGGAAUACGAAGUAUUUCAAAUUCUUGAUAAGAGAUCUGACUCAUUAUAA